AUCACGUUUUGUUCACGUGUACUCCAGACUAGGGCGGGUGCAACCUGACCUCUUGUAAAUAAUAACAACACGUAACAGACUUCUCCACCAGAACAGAUUCAUUACGGACUGCCACCCCCUCAAGUGCUCCGAGCACAAGGCAGGGGCGGUGUACUGAGAUCUACUGAGGGAAGAGACGCAAUCGCACGCACGUAAUCGUCAGGACAAGGUCAUCUGCUCACUAUCUUCAGGUUCAACCAGGAAAAUUGUCUGCCGUUACCUGCAAGGCUUCUUCAGCGGUUGGAGGAGGCAACCUUCGCUGCUGUCAUUCUGUUUGGACGGGAGGACUGUUUUUGUAAUCGUCUUUAGCAGAUCUGCCGAUUCAACCCGAACUUGUGGACAUUCCAGGACAUCAGUGGGCAUUUCAACUCCUUGUAAAAAUCCCCGCUACCAUCGGCCUGACCAUGAGUCUACUGGAAAAACUUUUCCACCUCCGGGGCCUGACUGGUAACCGCCCCACCAUCGACCAGCACGGCCUGUUCACUAGCAUUCAGAUGAGCAAGAAACUGCUGUCCGAAAAACUGGCGGUGAAGGAACCGUGGAGGCUAAACAAGAAGCCGCACCAGUGCAAAGUUUGUCUGUACACGAACGACUCUAGCCCGUUUCUGGUCUGUUACAACAGUUCUGGGCACAGACCCAGGGCAAGGAUUGAGCUAUACGGGACCAAGGUGGUCACUUGUGGCGACAACUCAUUCAAACUGUGCAACGAGGAAGGUUCUGAGGUGUACUUCUUCCAGACAGACGGGAGGUCGAAAAGGGACGAGUGGGUGAGAUCACUGAAGGAACAGUGCGAGAGGGAGCUCAGUCCUGAUGGAGAGGAGUCGGUUCGUCUCAGCAAAAAGAUCAUGGAGGUUCGUCAGCGCGUCAAGUCGCAGAAAAUAAUGGCUGAGCUCGAGAAAAACAACAACAACACGAGCAGCAAGCCUCAUAAGACAUUAUUGCCGGUCACUCCAGAGGAUGGCAGACAAAGAAGCGUGCCACACUUGAAAAAGAACGCCAGACUCGCCAAGCGGCGGCCUCAUAUCGAAAAGGCCAAGAAGGAGGCGGCACUGGCGACCAAAAGCUUACCGUUGUCUGAGUACUUUGUGAGCGUGCCUGACUCGUAAGAGUUCAAUGAACUCUCUUCAAUCGAUUUUUUUACUGGCAAAUAACAAUGCAGUGUGUACAACAGCGUUUGUACUACGACAACUUAACUUGCUAAUAUAACAUUAUUAGCUAUAGUAUUAGACGAACAGGACAAUGCGACUUUUUGUUACUUGUAUAGAACAUAAAUCUAACCAUGUGGAACAUUAACCGAAAGCACUUAACUGACAUUCCCACAAAUGGAUGAAUGAAUGAUUUAUUUUGUAAAACAUCACAUCGUUCUAGUAUACUGAGACUGAAUUAUUGUGAGAUACAUUACAACGGAUAGUGUAAACAUCAAGCAAAUGAUAAGAUAUAUGCAAAUGACUUUAAAACGCAUGGAAACAUUCAAGGCAAAAAUGGAAUCAGAGUACAGUCUGUUUUCAGAGUGAUAGAUAUACAU